AUUAGACGAUCCGAAGUCGACCCGUCGCUGCCAUAAUGGCGAAAGGAGGAUAUACAUCAUGUGGGAAGUUGUUCCGAUUCGUGUGUUAUACUGAUUAGAGGGCAUGUUUCAUUUGGGUAUGUCAUCAGUUUGGGUGGUGAUAAUAGUAAGGGGGUCUCCCAGAGCUACACUCUGGGACACAAGUAGUCUUGCAUAGCAUGGGCUACUGCACUCCAUCUCUAUACCUAGCUACUCUAUCAGUGUGCAGCAAGGUACGAGGUUGAGAGAGGAUGCAACGAACAUAAAGCAGUAUAGUGAACAUUAGAGACCUCAGGAAACUGGCUUUGAUCAACACGAGUUAAUCGAUGUGCAUUAUGUUUAAUAUGGCAAUAUUCAGUGACUGCCUGUCCUUUUUGAAGUUUGACCUAAGUUUGACUUGAUAUUUUUCCAAGAUUGUGCCAUAAUAGCGGAAAGGAUAAAUGACGGAUAGAAUGGGCAUUUUUUGUGUGCGCUAAGACGCAGAAGGCAUAACAAUGGAGAAAGCGGGAAAAUCCUUAAUGCGUUAAGCAUUCAAGUGCUGCAACAAGAGCACAGCGAAUAGGCGAUCAACUUGGGUCAGCGAAUGUUUUCUUAUACAACAUUGGACUAGGCUGUAUGAGUCAGGGACAUUUGAGCAAGCAAACCAGUUCAUAUGCGUGGCAAGGUAGGCAAUGGCACUUUGCCAAUGAAGAUAAACGCCCGCUAUCCAAAAUUACGCUUCCAAAGUGGUAGAAUGCGGUUACUCCGAUAUUCGCGACCUUCAACGCAUUUGCAUUUGUCUGGAGAGGUGACAUUAGGAGAGAUGAUAGAUAUAGGCUUCGUCAUGCAAUAAUGUCCAUAAUUGCUGGACACAUUUUAAACCAGAAAGCUGAAUAUUGCCACUAAUGCACUUUAAACUCAAGAGGUUGACACAUUGUAUCUCUAACCACAUUCCAACUACUCUGAAUGUUGUUGUCUGAUUGAUUUUUGGGACGUUUUUUCUUAUGCGGUUUCCGAAGUCGCACAAUAGCUGUGCGCUUCCAGGGAUUUCGUGAACUUCGUUCGCAGUCUCCAAACGAUUCUUUGUCUGAAUCGAUUCCCCGUCACUUUUUGGGGUAAAAUGGCAGGAGAGCGCCGAGGAGCAGGGAUGGCUUUGGCGUUUUGGGACGGCUGUAAUGGCUUGGGAUUUAUUUUUAUCUUUCUUGUGGAUCUACUGGGAAUAGCUGCAGGUAACAUGGAACCUAUUUACUGGAAUACGUUGAACAAGAGGUUCCAGGAUGACAGGGGGUAUGUGUUGUACCCCCAGAUAGGAGAUCGUCUGGACCUGAUCUGCCCAGCCUCCAACCCCCCAGGCCCCCGCUCCCCCAGUGAGUAUGAGUACUACAAGCUGUACCUGGUGUCCAUGCGCGAGCAGGCCGACCGCUGUGAGGUGAUGGGCGCGCCCAACCUGCUGCUCACCUGUGACAAGCCCAACAGUGACAUGCGCUUCACCAUCAAGUUCCAGGAGUUCUCCCCCAACCUGUGGGGACACGAGUUCAAGACCCUGACGGACUACUACAUCAUAGCUACCUCUGAUGGGACGAGGCAGGGGCUGGACAGCACGAGAGGAGGAGUGUGUGUGACACGAGGGAUGAAGGUGAUUCUCAAAGUGGGACAGAAUGCAUAUGGCCUCCCACCCAAACCCAAACCAGACUCAAACCGCUUCCACCCCAAAGGGAACGGUACCACGCCCAAGGCUGGUGGAGAGGGCGAGGGGAACAACCCUUUACCUUCCUCUAACGUGGCGGUGAUCACUGGAGCGGCAGGGGGCGGAGCCUUCCUCCUCAUCGUGACGUCUGUCGUCUGUGUGGUGUGUUACCGCUGGCGACAGAACAAGCACUCUGAGACCCAUCACCCCACCCUGACCCUGGCCACCCUGACCCCCAAGAGGGGCAGCAACAACGGGGCCGGCUCCUCCGCCGGAGGAAACAACGGCUCGGAGCCCAGUGACAUCAUCAUCCCGCUGCGGACUUCAGACCAGGCUUACUGCCCGCACUACGAGAAGGUGAGCGGGGACUACGGUCACCCCGUCUACAUCGUCCAGGAGAUGCCCCCCCAGAGCCCAGCCAACAUCUACUACAAAGUAUGAGGGAGACAUCUAGACGGCCCAGCUGGCAUAGACGCAGUAUCCACAAAUAGACUGCUGUUUUCAACGUAGAAAUCCAACUGUCCCUCUAGCUCCCUCCACACCCUUAUCCUCCCACCUCACUCUCUAUGACUGACUGUCGGGAUGGCUGCCCUCACCCUCCUGCCCUAUGGACUGUACUGUACAGUGGCCUGCCACUGUGGAUGGAUGGGGGGGGUGGUUGUGUAUUGGUUGGGGUAGGACCUCUUCCCUGCUUUGCACCCUAUGAUUGGGUCCAUGAGGCCUGGACAUGAGGGCCGUUAAACUGAUGGACUCAGAGUGGCAGCGGCUCAGUGUCGCCUCUCACUCAAAGUGAGAGCUGACACUAGAUAUGAAAUGUCAAAACUUUUCAAAUGGUUAGUCUGUGUGUGUGUAUAUUUGCGUGAGUGAACGUGUUUUUGUGUGCGUGCGCACGUACACACAAGCAGUACAUCUGCUCAUGUGUGGUGCGUGAUAACUUUUGUUUUCGGGGUAUGUCAGAGUCUUAAAACCAAAACCACACGAGCAAAUAUCAAAGCAGGAUUUCUACCCACGGUCAUCCUUUACAGAUGACAUAAUAGAAUGAUUUCCUAACUCGUUUGUAGAUAUUUCAGAUCAGAUUUCUGUUAGGCACUGUUUUCUUGUCAGUGUUGUAUGCUCUCUGUUUUGGAGUCUAGAUGAGAUCUAGGUACUGGUAUUUAGGAUUGUGUUUUGUGUUCGUCUUCGAAAUGAAGGAUCUACUCUUCCUUUAUCCCAUCCUCUCACUCUACAAUGCCUUAGCAUUGAAAUAGUUCACUUUUCUGUAUAUAAAGUUUCACAGAGGAAGGAGGAGAACAGCACAAAGAGGUAUACUCAAGAAGAGGAAGAGUAUUGGCAACGUGUUUGAACAGACGAACCCACAAACACUGUGAUUCUCCCAUACUGUACACACAGCUACACACACACACAUCCACACACAGCUACAGAAACCUUUAACCCCACUGUAUUGUUUAUGUUGCUCCUCUGUGACUGGUGAACGUGUAUUUUUCAAGACAAAUGAUCUGUUUGGUUUUGUGGCAGCUGCAGUCUCUUUUCAUUCCCCACAAUGCAUUGGUAGCUGAUGACCAACGGUUGGCUGGCUGAGGAGAGGAAUGCAGCAAGUAAAGAAAGCGAAAAGGUCAGAGGUCAUCGUUGAAAUGCCACAGACGAUAGUCAACAUGUAUAGCACCAUGGUGGAGUCCAUGCCAAUGUGACUUAGAACAUCCUUUGUCUACGGGACCGUUUCAACACAAUGUGCACGUAACAAAGUGCUACGGAGGAAAUGUCUUACACGCUGGCUUUAAAAACUCAGUCCUCGAGUCUCAGGACCACACCUCAUACACAGAAAUUAGAUGUAUUGUUUCAUGUUUUCAUACAAACUAAUGGAUUCCUAUUGUCGUUUUUAUGGAGUGUGAUGACUUCUAGGAUGUUGAGGUCUGUAGUCAGAGUGUUGGAGGAAGUGACGGAGUGAUCGGGAAACAUCACAGAUCAGUCCAGCUCCGGCUGGGUCUGACACCUCUCUGGGUCUGACACCUCUCUGGGUCUGACACCUCUCUGGGUCUGACACCUCUCUGGGACAUUUCAUCACUCUGGGACAUUCUGGACCUCAUACUUACAUCACAACUCUUCGACAACAUUGGACUCUGAUUGGACAGCAAAGCAACAGCACACUACCUGAGACACGGCGGCAGACGCCUCUGAUAAGAAAGUGAUUUUCUGGGUGCUAGAAUAAACAUGUCCUGUCCUUGUGUACCUUUCAAGACAUUCUGCUUUUAGUUCUCUACCAGGGACCAGCUGGACUUAAGGCCAGUGUAAUUCUGUGUCCCAUUCUACCGUAUUCUGUGUACCAUUUGCCAUAGUGUUUCAUUUGUCUUUCUCAACUACUAUUUUCCACUCAGUCAUUUUGUGCCAAUAACCUCAUCCAGAGGAGGGGGCCCUGCUUUUCAGAACUGAGGAGAGAUGGAUCAGGUGUUGGUGAGACAAGGGAUGAGACAAUGGUUUGAUGUGGUAGGCAGAUGGUUAAGGAGACCUUUUUGAGAUCGAUGAGACUGAAUGUUGAGACUUUGCAGGACGGUUUAGGUUGCCUCCCCAGUGUCUCUGCUCUCCUGUUCCUUCCCAAUCACCUCUUUCCAGACGUACAUUCCAGUUUUGGGGGCGGGGGGGGAUUACAUAAAAACCUAAGUAUGU